GGAGCAAUUACGAGCCGGAUGAAAGUCAUGUCCACGUCGUUAGAACCAGAACCGAAAACCGACAACUUUGUUUCCUUGUCCAAAUCCUGACCGAGCUCCACGGGCUGUAAUAUCGAGGCGCAUCUUUUUUGUUCAUUUAAAAACUCGUGCAAACAUCCAACAAAGUUCUUUCACUGAUUCUAACUAUUCGGGUCGAGCUCGGUUCCAUUCCAAAGCUACCUUUGCCGACCUUGGCACACCCCCCCAUUUACCUCAAUCAGCUGCCAACCUCAUCAGCUUAAAAACCCAGCGAGUUACAUCACAGAAAACCACAUUUGACGCCCUGCAGUCGGCAAGACUACACAGAGGAAGCCAUCAAGGUUUCGGGAACACAACUAUAUUAGGCGCCAUUGGAAUCACCUUCGACAAUUAGACGAACGACAGCUGGUAUCGCCACGCUCAUAGUUGCCCAUCAUGUUCCGAGCACAGGCGACAACGCCGUACGAUACGGCCAUCGCCAAGGCGACGGACGAGAAUCUGACCUCGGAAGAUUGGGGCGCCAUCAUGGAGGUUUGCGACCGAGUGGCUGGAGAUGACAACGGAGCAAAGGAGGCCGUACAGGCCCUGAUAAGACGACUCGCACACCGGAAUGCCAAUGUGCAGCUCUAUACACUAGAGCUCAUCCGACACCAUCAGGUCGCCAACGCCCUCAGCCAAAACUGCGGCAAGCCCAUGCAUCGUGAGCUGGCGUCGCGCGCCUUCACCGAGGCGCUGCUCAAGCUCGCCAACGAACGCAACACCCACAACCAGGUCAAGGCCAAGAUACUGGAGCGCACUAAGGAGUGGUCCGAUAUGUUCAAGGACGACGCCGACCUCGGCAUCAUGUACGACGCCUACUACAGGCUGAAGCAGACGAAUCCGCAACUGCAGCCGCCCUCUGCGCCGCAGAAGAACUCGCUUACCGACGUGGACCGCCAGAAGGAAGAGGAGGAACUGCAGAUAGCCCUCAAGCUGUCGCUGCAAGAAGAGGAGCGCAAGAAGCAGCAGACCCCGGCGGGGCCAUCAGGAGUGGCCGGUCCAUCUUCGUCAGCUCCGGACCGGGCCGGGACACCCAGUGGCCAGGGUGCCGAUGCGGGCGCUGGGACUGGUGCGGUACCGCUACAGCCGACCGGGACCGGGACCACGGCAGCGACCGUGUCGAGGGUGCGGGCGCUGUACGACUUUGUACCAUCUGAGGAUGGUGAGCUAGAGUUCAAAAAGGGUGAUGUCAUUGCGGUCCUUGAGUCUGUGUACAAGGACUGGUGGCGCGGUUCGCUCAAGGGCAAGACGGGUAUCUUCCCCCUUAAUUACGUGGAGAAGCUGGCGGACCCGACGCCAGACGAACUGCAGCGCGAGGCGCAAAUGGAGGCUGAGGUCUUUUCUGAGAUCAAGAACGUCGAGAAGCUAUUGACACUUCUGAGCACAUCGUCCAAGGACGAGGAUAGUGAGGAGAUAGCCAAGCUGUACCAGCAGACGUCGGCAAUCCGUCCCAAGCUGAUCAAACUGAUAGAGAAAUAUUCUCAAAAGAAAGACGAUUUCACGCAACUGAAUGAGAAAUUUAUCAAAGCACGGCGGGACUAUGAGGCGUUGUUGGAGACCUCCAUGUCACACCCGCCUCAGCCUAGCUACCACCAAUAUGCAGUUCGUCCUCAGGGAUACGGUGGAACCCCAGCGCCUUACCCUACCCAGGGUCCGUCACAGCAGGACCCCCAGAGAUUCUACCCUCCUGGUCCUCACCCAGACCAGUACCCCCCUUCUUCGCCUUCCCCACAUCUACAACGUCCGGGUGGAACCCCUGGCCCCGGAGGGCCUCAAGCACCAUUUUAUGUAGUAGGUGCUGAGGUUCCUUCCCAAGGUGGUCCGCACCCGAACCAGAACUUUCCUCCGAGGGAUCAAGGCCAACGUAUCCCCUCGGCAGGGAAGCAGCCGGCGCGUCUCCAAACCCAGCAGCCAUCCUCUCCGCCACCCUCAAGUGCUCCUUAUGCAGCAUACUCACAGCCACCAGCCCAGCAAGGGUCCUACGGCAACCCUCAAGAGCUUUCGACCUCGGCAUACGAUUCUCCAGUAGCCUCCCACCCCCACCCUAACCCCCUGGGCUCCAACGCCCCAUUUGCUCCGGCAUCUUACUCAACGGAAGAGCGCUACGGUACGCCAUCAAACGCGCCUGCUCCUCUGAACCCUGCAGGUGGUCAACAGCAGCCGUAUCAGUAUAACAGCUACCAGAACCAACCUCCGUCGCAACCGCCCAACACGCAGUCCCAGCAAGGCGGCAUGUAUUCGGGCCAAGGUUACAACGACUCAUCGGACGCAAUCGGCACUGCCCCGCCACAGCCCACCUCAGCCGCGCCACCGCCGCCGGUUCCGGGCUCUCAACGAGUCCACUCCCCUGUCUAUGGCGGCCCGCCAGGAGCAGCUGACUCGCGCUUCUCGUUGCCCAGCCGCAUGGCACCAGGUGCACCUUCGGCACCGCCAGGCCCGCGUCCCAGCUCCCCUGGUGAGCAGCCGCAGUAUAAGGCAUACGUGCCACCUGGGUCAUCGGGGCCGAGCGCGCCAAGUGCGCCCAGUGUUCCUGCUGAUUAUUACAGGCAGCCCGGAGGUAGUGCAAACUACUAGUAAUAAUGAUGAGAUGGACUGGACGUCAGUCAAGAGGCCUCAAAUCUUUUAUUUUGUCUCCAAGAAUGGAGUACGAGCUGCCGGCUGUUUAGCUAUCAUGUAUCUGGUGUGUUGAUUACCAAGUUUGACAUUUAAUGCUAGCACUUAGAACGUAUUGUGAAUAAAGCAUACAUGCAUGUUA